UCAGUUCUUAGACCCAUCUGACACCGACGCAAACAGAAGGGGAAAGACAAAGUGCAAAGAAGACAGAGGACUUGCCUGAGAAAAGAGGCAAGAGAUAGGCUACAAACUGAGGGGAGAGCAGAGAGUCCAAAGUUUGACAUCGAGUGUGUUUGCAGAAAGAGAUCGGGAUGAAGCGACACCAUGAGAAGUUAUCCAUCCCUUUAAUGAUCACUGCCCUCUGUUUGGGGAGCCUGCUGAUCAUUGCCCUCUGGAUCAAUGUGGACAACGGCCAUCUUGUAUCACGUGGACCACCUUCACCCAAGAAAAUCCCCCCUUGGCCCUCUGACCUUUGCAAAGGAUGCAGGGAGCUCAUUGAAAAAGUAAGAGAACACUACUCAAAAACUUGGAAGAAGCAAGAAGAUAAUUACAGAAACUUCAGUUCUCAGCUGAGAAGUCAGUGCCAGGGAUUUGACAGGGCCAUCAUUACCCAGGCCAACACUCCAGUGGGAUCAAAUAUUGUGUACUCUGCGGAAGGCAAGAGGACCCUCGUGGUGACUCCAGGGAUUUUCAGCACCUUCAUAAAGGAGAAUCCAUUUCCAAAGAAAAAAUGGGACACGUGUGCUGUUGUUGGGAACUCAGGGAUUCUGUCAAACAGCAGCUGUGGAGAGAUGAUCGAUUCCGCUCAGUUUGUUAUCAGGUGCAACCUACCUUCUUUGGGAAAAGGCUAUGAGAAACAUGUGGGCACCAAGACUGACAUUGUGACAGCAAAUCCGACCAUCCUCGUUAGAAAGUAUGGGUCCUUAGACGGGCCUAGACGUCCAUUUGUGGAGAGUCUACAUAUCUACGGCAAGUCCCAGCUGCUUCUACCUGCCUUUGCCUUUGGCUUUUGUACUCCUUUGUGCCUGAAGGCUGCAUACAGCAUUAGGGACAUUGAAAGUCCAAUUCGGCCCACCUACUUCAACCCUGAUUACUUCCGGAGACUGAGCAACUUCUGGCGCUCCAGAGGCCUACACAGAGGCCUACCCAGCACCGGCUUAGUGAUGGUUAACAUAGCGCUGGAAAACUGUGCCAACGUGCAUCUGUACGGUUUCUGGCCCUUCAGUAUUCAUCCAUUUGAACUCAAUGCCGUGAAAAACCACUAUUUCGAUGAUAUAACAGGUAAAUGGGGAAUGCAUUCCAUGUCUACUGAGUUUAACCUGUUGUUGCAGCUUCACAGUCAAGGGGUGCUCAGGCUUCACCUGGGGAACUGUCGACCGGGUACAAAUUAGUUCCCAGGUCCAGAGACAGAUGAGACUGGGCAUCUAAAGAAUUGGGACAUUUCCUGGUGGACUGAGGGUUAAUCUCAGAAUUUGUCUCUAAACUAUGCCUUUUCAAUCCAAUCCACUCACUCUCCCCCCGUAAGGAAAUGGUAAUUGAAAAUAUAACUUUCAGUCAUGGAAAGGUUUUGAUAUUUGAAAAUAUGUGUGUUUACUGACUUAUUGUGAGAUGUAAAGGAAUUCCAGUUGGAUACAAAUACACAGUGGUGGCUUUGGGACUGGGCAUAAUUAACAUCUAAUAAUGAUAUGGGUGUAUAGUUUCUGAUACUUUGCUUGAUGCUUGGAUACAAGACCAUCACUUGGGCCUUUGAACUGUGUGUCCCGCCUUAUUUGUAUAUACCAGGGAUGCAAACUUGUCACCUUUCGGCGAAAUUCGCCGUUUUGAAUCCAAAAUAGGUCGUUUGUGUGAUUCAUGUAGAU